AUGCGUCUUUUCCUCCUCCCAAUCUCGACACGGCGCACCCUCCUCUACUGCAAACGAUUAGACGUCGCAAACGCUGAGUCGAGCAGCUGGUUGGACAAAGGCACAGCAAAGGCUGCCAAUAUAUGGGCAGGAUGGGAGCAAAAGGAAAAGGGAUGGCAGAAGAAGGUAGUGGAUUAUGGUAACCAGGCCUUGAAGCGCAUCCCUUAUGAGGAAUGGGGCUUAAAAUCGAUUCCUGCCCUGUCCACGCGCAAGGAAGCAGCCGAAGAAUCAGGGAAAGAUAAGGUCGAAGUCAUUUUCCCAGCCAGCCUGAUACCGGAGAGCAACGUUUUGGAUGUUUUGAAGAAGUUGGGCACUGAGAGACAGUCAUUACAUCGGAAAUGGUUGAUAGGUAGCUUCAUUGGUAUGCCCAUAUCUGCGCCGGUUGCGUUGAUUCCUAUCAUCCCUAAUUUGCCAUUCUUUUACCUCUGCUACAGAGCAUAUUCCAACUACAAAGCGCUGGCCGGUUCGAAACAUGUUGAAUUCCUGGUUGACAAACAACUCGUUGCGCCAAAACCAUCUACGAUCCUCGACCAACUAUAUUCGAAUGGGAAACAACCAUUCCAAAAUGAUGUUGCGCCCCCAUCAGCUCAAGCACCGAGUACAGACGCUACAGAACAAAUGAUACUGCACAAGUCAAUUUGCAAGCCAAUUGCUACCGAAUUAGGCGUACCUGAGCUAGAAAUCGAGCUUGAUAGAGCUAUUUGGCAAGUGGAGAAAGAAUUACAAUUGGAAAAGGAGCAGCGAGAAGAAAAGAAAGAACUAGAAGAGAGGAAAAAGUCGGCGUCGGGUGACAAGAUGGAAUAG